AUGCCGAUCAAUAUCCGCAGAGCGACAAUUAACGACAUCAUAUGCAUGCAAAAUGCCAACCUUCAUAAUCUGCCCGAAAAUUAUAUGAUGAAGUACUAUAUGUAUCAUAUUCUCUCUUGGCCAGAAGCUUCCUUUGUUGCUACCACCACAACUUUAGACUGUGAAGGUGCUGAUGAACAGAAUGAGGACAAUAAGUUGGAAUUGACGUUGGAUGAGACCAAUGAUGGCAAAACAAUUAAGCUGGAUCCAACAUACUUGGCUCCGGGCGAAAAAUUAGUAGGGUACGUUCUCGUGAAGAUGAAUGACGACCCAGACCAGCAAAAUGAACCAGCAAAUGGACAUAUUACGUCUUUAAGUGUUAUGAGAACCUAUAGAAGAAUGGGAAUUGCUGAGAACUUAAUGAGACAAGCAUUAUUUGCAUUGAAAGAAGUGCACCAAGCAGAAUAUGUUUCCUUGCAUGUGAGACAAUCUAACAGAGCGGCCUUGCACCUGUACAGAGACACAUUGGCUUUUGAGGUGUUAAGUAUCGAGAAAAGCUACUAUCAGGAUGGUGAAGAUGCGUACGCCAUGAAGAAAGUUUUAAAAUUAGAAGAGUUACAGAUAAGUAAUUUUACCCACCGCCGUUUAAAGGAAAAUGAAGAAAAACUAGAAGAUGAUUUAGAAACUGACCUGCUAGAAGAUAUCAUUAAACAAGGUGUAAAUGACAUCAUUGUAUAG